GCAGUUGACAGAUAAGGACAUGGACCAGCUGGAACAGUGGAUAGGUACAGGUCCUAAAACAUUUACACUGCUCUACGCUAUCACAAAAGAUGGAUGUAAUUACAACUUCUUCCAUCAGAAAUGUGACAACCAGGGACCUACAGUUACGGUGCUGUAUAACCAAGAAGGAUCGGUCUAUGGUGGAUAUACAGCUGGAAACUGGACGAAUACUGGCGGGUAUGUGAAUGAUGCUACUGCUUUCUUAUACCGGCUACACUACAACAAAGUGGUUAAUCCAGUGAAGCUUCCAAUAACAAACGCAAAUUAUGCUAUCUAUACAGGAUAUGGGCCCACGUUUGGUGGAAGCAGUGGACAUGACCUAUAUACUUUCAGUGGAUCAGUUAACAAUUCUGGCGGUUACUUUGCUCUGAAUGGCAGCAUGAGCCUUGGUCACAACUACAACAAUCAAGGUUUGAAUGCCAACCAGAUCAACAAUGGUACCAUGUAUGUAACUGAACUAGAAGUUUACAAGGUUGCGAAUGGUCAAAGAAAAAAAGCACUUCAAGAGCCGUGGCGUAAAAUGAAAGGGUGGAACGAAAAGUUCUUGGACGAGCUUAAUGAAGACAUUGUGUCAUUCAAAUCGCUCCCGGACUUGAGUAUUUCUGAGGCUCGGGUCCUGAUGAUCGGUCCAGUUGGAGCUGGGAAGUCGAGUUUCUACAAUACCAUUAACUCCAUAUUCCGGGGCCGUAUCACACAGAGGGCGUGUAGUGGUAGCGCUGAGCAGAGUCUUACAACUGCUUACACUCCAUAUCUUGUGCGAGUUCGAUCCGGGGCUAACCUUAACUUCAAACUGUGCGACACACGCGGGCUAGAAGAAUCGCAGGGUUUGGAUGUACUCGAAUGUAACUAUCUUCUUGAUGGAAAUGUACCGGAAUAUUAUCAGUUCAAUCCUGCAGCUCCAAUAUCUCAAGAAACCGAGGGUUUUAUAGUGAAACCAACACUAGAGGAUAAGGUACAUUGUGUGGUGUUUGUACUGGACUCUACGACGCUUGAAGUUACACCAACAAAAAUCAUACAGAAAAUGAAAAGUUUUCAAACCUUUAUGAAUCAAAAAGGUAUCCCGCAGGCACUUCUUCUUACCAAAGUAGACAAACUCUGUAAAGAUGUAGAGAAAAACGUAUCGCAAGUUUUCAAAAGCGAAACGGUAGAAGAACAUGUCGAGAAAGCGUCUCAACUACUUGGUUUACCACGUGGUAACGUACUUCCGGUGAAGAACUACGAAAAUGAGAUGCAGCUUGAAGAAAAUAUCAGUAUCUUGGCACUACUUACUCUGCGGCAGAUUUUAUACUUCGCGGAAGAUUACAUGGAGAACAUGAUGGACAAGAGAGCAGCUGCACAGCGGAAAACGGAGAAGAUGAAUGUUAAGAAAUAAACAAACGGACACACUGAAAAAUUAGUUAGGAAGUACAUAUCAUGAGGAAGAAUACCACGAGGCUUUCUCGAGCUUUCUUUACAUUUGUUUUAAUUUUUUAUGAUUUUUUUAGUUAGACAUGACGAAUGCCACAAGAGCUAUUGCUAUACACCAGCCGUCGGCGUCGUAUGUACACACUUUUUAACGACGCUCUGCAAGCUUUAUAUCUUAAUUAUUACCCAUUGCAACUGAAUCACACAUGCCUUUCCCAUGAUAAUACCAACUGAAUGACAUAAGUUCCAUAACUCUUGCUGUCAUUUUGAUGAAACUAUGCCCCUUUUUAUACUUAGGCGUUUUAUGCACCUGCUAAUUCUUAACGUGUGAUGUAUCACUUCUUCAUACACUGAUAUUUUCAAAAAGCUUUGUUUAAACAUACAGUAUAACUCUGCGACAUGUCCCUUACAAGACCCAGAGCCCUAGCUCAAAGAUCAAUGUCACUUAGUGCUCAGUCUUAAUAAUACCGUAUAAAUGUGCCAUAAUUUAAAGGAAAUGCACUUACGUGUCUUUACAAUUCAUCAAAACUUUGUUCGCGAUUAUUAGCGAUCAAGUAUCUCAUUUACUACACAACACAAUUGAAUAAAACUUCACAUGGUAAUACUGACAUCAUGGCAUAGGUCCCAUAACUCUUGUCUUCAUGUUGGUAAAAUUAUGCUCUUUUUGUACAUUUUCCUUAAUUCUUUCAACAAUAUUCUGUUCGCGAUUUUCAGCGAAUUAAUAUUUCAGUAUCUACCCAAUGCAUUGUGUUAUUUCCAAGGCGACGAAUUGUUGAUGUACUGACACACAUCAACAAUACUCACACAUUACGUCGCCUUGGAAAUAGCAACCGAAUGACAUAAGUCCCAUCUUUUCCUUCGUUUUGAUGAAAUAGUGCCCAUUUUGUAAUUAGCCCUUCCAUUAAAUAUUUUUGACGCAUUCAAUUUUAAAAGUCUCAAAACACGUAAAUGUAUUUAUUUUUUGAUAAGUAAAUUGAUUUUAACACAAAAGCAAAUCAUAAACCGUACAAUAACACUGUUUUGUUGAAGCGAGAAAGAAAAUUAAAAAUUUUAGCACGUUUUUUGUGAAAAUUACCUCGUCCAUUUAGUAACAUUUCUCUCAUCUAGGCUUCUCACACACAAUCUGGGUUCUUAAUUAAUGGAAAAUAUCAAAAGCUGUGUUAUCCCGAAAUAACUACUUUUAUUACAUACCAAUAUAAAUUCUGUCGAAAAUAUGG